UAUUGACACGGUCAACAUGAAUGCAUCUCUGUCUUGUUCAACGAAUGGUUAAAUGCCUUGGCUAAUUUGGAGCAGCUGGAGCAUGUGCUGCUAAUUCCAGCCUGAAUGGAGCGUUAUCUCUUUGCUCAGUGUCAUGCUCCACAAGUCUCUCAGAAACAGAGACCUUUUAUGUUGUCUCCCUUUUACUGGAUCUUUCCAACAAACACCAGCUGCAAACUGGUCUUACUCAUGGUUGUUAAACAAAAAAGCAAUGAUUAAAAAAAAAAAAAUACUACAACCAGAACAAUAUUGUUGCAGUUGCAUUUGGCCAGCAAGUUAAUAAACUGAUAGAGCUAAUCGUUUGGGAUGUCUUAGGGGAAGUCAGUGAUUCAGACAUUCGGGGAUUAAAAAAUUAAAUAAUGGCUCAGAGCGUCUGGGUUUGCUCAGUGAAACUCUUAGAUACAAUCUCAUGACUCCUGGUGAAUCAAUUAAGGCUGGAUUAGAAGGUGUGGCCCUGCAGAAAACGCAGAGCUGUAGGGAAACGGUUCGCUCUGAAGACAAAUACUCCUACACAAAAACUGAACAAUGUCAAAUACACAAGUGCCUGUUGCGACAAUCGGCCCGUUAGGAGACAACCCGGUUCAGAUUGCCUGUCCUAAGUGCCAUCAGACAGUCCUGUCAAAGGUGGAAUACUCGUCUGGUCUGCUCACCUACCUCUUCUGUGGAGGACUCUUCCUCUGUGGCUUUGUUUUAGGUUGCUGCCUCAUCCCGUUCUGUGUGAACCGCCUGAAAGAUGCCAAGCACAGCUGUCCUACCUGCAAGACUGUACUCGGAGUUUAUAAACGCUUAUAACUGAUUUUUACAGCUUUAACAAUCGGUUAAUUAAUCAGUGAAGUCAUCUAGAGAGAGAGUAACUCUGCAACUUUUCAGAUGAAUAACUCAGCAUUUUAGCCAAUUUUGAAUAUAAAAUACAAUUAUUGUUUUUAAAUAUAAAAUACAAUAUUUGUUUUCAUGCUCCAUGCAAAUUUGUGAAUUUGAUACUUCUUUUCGUCCUACAUGAUAGCUUACUGCCUACAGCUCUGCAGAAUUAUGCUUUCUUUUUCUUUUUUAUUUAUUAAUGUUUUCUGAUUUUCCACAAAGUUUGAGAGAUAGCUGAACAGAGUACAAACUGCAUGUAAUGCGGUUGAGUGUUGAUUUGCUCCUUUUUAAUUCAGGUCAUUUUCCUUUUUCCCAGUGUGUAAGUCUUUUUUUUUCUCCAGCCACUAAUUUCUAACUUAGUAGUAACUAAACUACAAGGAUACAAGAAUUUAUAUCACUGCAGUACAAUUCUUUCUGCCUUGGAUUAUAAAUAAACUGAGACCAAUAAAUGA